AUGUCCCAAGAAACUGUAGAUACCUUUAUGGCGAUCACCGGCGCCGAAAAUAGUGAAUUGGCUCAGCAUUUCUUGGAAAUGGCUGGUGGGAACCUUGAAACCGCUAUCUCGCUCUUUUUUGAACAUGGUGGCAAUGCUCAAUUGACAAAUAGAGGUUCGGCCAAUGCAAAUCCGGAGCUUCCUGCACAGUCCCAAUUCUCACCAGCACCAGUUCAAGAGAGCUAUAGGGCACCAGAUGAAGCCCGGCAUGAGACUUUGGUCGACACGCAUGUAUUCCCGUCAGUUUACGGUGGUGUAGGAGGCCGGUUUGGUCCAUUACGUCAAGCAAGAGGCAUGUUCGAUGAAACUCGUUCACGAGGAGUCUUCAACCAGCAAUUGGAAUCGGAUGCUGAAGAAAACUCAGAGUUUUCCGAAGAAGAGGAUUUCAGACCUUCGUAUGAAUACGUGGAAGAAACUGUGAUGGAAUUAGACGACGACGGGAGCAUACAUGAAGUCACAAAACUAGUUCGCAAACCUCGAGAAAUGACCAAGGAACAGAAGUUGGCUAUGCUUUUCAGGCCGCCCUUCGACGUGAUGGCGAAAAUCGACUUGGACGGUGCCAAACUUCGAGGACGUGAAACGCAAAAAUGGAUCAUGAUCAACAUUCAAGCAGUUGAAAUUUUCCAAUGCCAAGCUCUGAAUCGAGAUGUUUGGUCCCACAAAGACGUGAAAAGACUUAUCAAGCAAAACUUCAUUUUCUUGCAAUAUCAAUAUGACUCUCCAAAUGCUAGACCGUAUGUCCAGUUUUAUGGUCCACACACCAAAGACGAUUUGCCUCAUGUUGCCAUUUUGGAUCCCAUCACGGGAGAACGGGUCAAACAAUGGAACAGAAACAUACCCGAUCCUUUGGAUUUUGUCAAGGACGUAGAGGAGUUUUUGUCACAGUUCUCGUUGCAUCCUGGCUCCACGAACCCUACUGUCAGGGAGCCCACUCCAGAUCUAGACCCGACUUUGCUGUCCGAGGAGCAGCAAAUGGAAUUGGCCAUCCAAGAGUCUCUUGGCCGCGACCAGUCUGAACCAGUGAAAGUGGAUCAAGAAGCACCCAUCCCAAUGGAUACCGAAGUCGAUAACACAGAUUUGGAGGCUCACAAUGAGAGUGAGGAGGACCCAUACAAAGCGCUUUUCGAUACCAUAAGCCCUCGUGACCACCCUGAGCCCGCUAAUGAACCUGGUGUGACGACUCGCGUUCAAAUACGGACCGGUGACGGACGCAGGAUCGUGAGACGGUUCCAAAGCAAGCGAGACACAGUUCGAGUAAUUUUCGAAGUCGUCAAGAAUAGUGUUGAGGGCUUCCAGAACGAAUACUUUACCAUUAGCGAUCAUGCCAGAGAGAAUCUGCUGAACAAGCUGGAUCAAACCAUAGAGGAAGCAGGACUAAACAACAGCUCCUUACUUCUCGAACUAGUGCAAGAUUGA